GCAAGACGGAUGUGGGGGGAUUAUCGGGGCCUGAACCGCAUGACGAAGAGCGAUAGGUACCCCAUGCCGAUGGCGGAGGAGAUUUUUGACAAGCUGGCGGAAGGGAGGAUUUACUCAACUUUAGACCUCCGGCAGGGAUUCAAUCAGAUCCCGAUCAAGGAAGAAGAUAAGGCCAAGACCGCGUUUCACGAGAAAUGCCACUUCGGGGUUACGACAGUAGCUUACCUGGGGUUUCAGGUGGGAGAAGGCGGGCUCUCGGUGCAGCAGGCGAAGGUGGGGGUGGUUGACAGGCUGAAGGCGCCCACGGAUUGUAGCACGCUAAGAGCGCAGCUGGGAUUCCUGAGCUACUACCGCAGGUUCAUCCCAAACUUCAGCAAGACAGCCAAGCCACUAAAUCAGUUGUUGAGAAAGGAUGAAGGAUGGAAGUGGUGGAAAGAGCAAGAGAGAGCAUGGACCACCCUCAAGGAGGUUGUGAAGACGGCGCCGCUGCUGAAGCUGCCUAGCCUUUCCUGCUACGGAUCAGCAGCAGCUGGUGACAGAAGAUGGGUGGCGGAUAGUGCCACGGCCAGAGGAAAGGGAGGCCCUGAUCGUGAAAGUACAUACACAGUUGGGGCACUAUGCCGUGGAACGGACCGUACAGAUGCUGCAGACCAUGGCCCGAGGUUGGGGCAACCCAUGGGGGGGGGAAUGGUGGCCGGGUUGGUGGACGGGGAGGGGGAGGCGAGGGUGACCAGGAGUGGCAUCCCAAUGCGGAGGAACAGGAGGAUGAGGUGUCAGGAGAUGGACGCGCCAAGGGGAGGGGGAGGGGGAGGGGGAGGGCGAGGGGGAAGGGCAGGGGAAGGGGGAGGGGGAGGGGAAGAGGUCGCGGCCGUGGUGGACCUGGUGGGGGGAGGGCAGAGGCGAUUGGUGCCGGUAGUGGAACUAAUGGUGCGGGGGAAGUGGAGGUCAGUGCAAAACGAGGCGACCGACAUCAACAAACUCUGCGCUUCGGACCCGGAUAACUUGGCAAAAAUCAUUCGGGAAUAUCCCGAGAUAUUCCCGGACGGCUGGCCAAGUGGACUGCCACCCGAACGACCCCAAGACCACAAAAUCGAGAUGGAGCCCGACGUGCAACCUACAGUACAAACUCAAUGGUGCCUGACUCAGCCCGAGCUACGCGAAUUAUGGAACCAACUUGACUCCCUACUGGCAAAAGGGUUUAUUCGGCCGAGCACGUCCCCGUUCGCAGCGCCGAUCCUGUUCACCCCAAAGAAGGAUGGCGAGCUUCGCAUGUGUACGGACUAUCGUGCCCUUAAUCGGGUAACGAUUGAAUCACGCUAUCCAAUCCCACGCACGGACAAGCUGAUUGACAACCUUCACGGAGCUCCCUAUUUUUCGAAGAUCGACCUUUGUGGCGGUUACCAUCAAAUUCGAGUGUUCGCUGACGACUGCCACAAGACCGCGUUUCGUGCUCGCUACGGGAGUUACGAAUACACGGUGAUGCCGUUUGGAUUAACGAACGCCCCCUUGACAUUCCAGCUCACCAUGAACGGGGUAUUCCGCGAUCUACUCGACAAAUGUGUGAUAAUUUACUAGGAUGACAUCCUGAUUUACAG